AUGGGCCGGAAACGUCAGGCUGACGAGAGCGAGGCCGAGGCAGGCGACGACGUCAUACGCCUUCGCCUACUGGAGGGUACAAGGCAGCAUUACAACACCAUGGUCUCGCACUUCAAGCGAUGGCUGCAAUCCAAUAACCCGGUGCAUGUUGUGGGCGAAACCAUAAUGUUACCUCUUCCAGAGAAUGUGUGCAAGAUGUACCUCUCCUACGUGUCCGUGAAACGCGACAAGCAAGGUAACGAGCUGUUGUCAAGAACGUACAACACGGCAUCGACAGUCAACAGGUACACGAGUGCGAUCAAGUUCUUGUACAAGGAGUCCAGCAUGGAAGUAUCGUGCGAAGUCGACUCAACACUUUCAGCAUUUUCGGAUGGGUACAAGCGACAUGUGGCCCAGAUGACGCAGAACGGGACUAUGUCAAUCAACCACCUGUACUCACUGGGUAGGAAGGCAAGGACAAUCGACUCCGCAAAGACGGCUUUGGUGUCGUACUUUAAACAACGCAUGAUCGAUCCGAAUCCAGCACAGGCCAUGGAAACCAAACAAUACGUUGUUGGGUUACAAAAGUACAACCGACAACAUAACAUUGACGACGAAAAGAAGUCCCACCCCCUCACCGUGCACGAACUCUCCCUUUUGGUGAACUCGUUGGCCCACCUGAACCCGUUCAUGGCCGCAUUGUUGCGGUUUUUGCUCUGCGCAUGCUACCUGGGUUGCUUCCGGAUCAGCGAGAUUCUUGGGCUCAGGUGGUGCGACGUCGCCCUUGUUGACUUGCCUGGUGGCCAAUUUGUUUCCGUUCGUCUGCGCUGGCACAAAAAAGCGAGUGUCGAAAAGGAGUGCCAAGUGUAUAACCUGGUGGACGAGCGAGCGUAUCCCUGCCUCCGUGUGUGUGGUUUCUACAACGAGUAUGUGAAUGCCGUUGGAGCGACAUUGAUGAAUGUCACCAAGGACGCGUUUGUGUUUCCACAAGUCACGUAUCUGAUCAAUGGCAGCGUAAAGAUCAACUGGGCUAAAGCCAUGGAACAGAAUUUUCUUCGGAAACAAAUCAACGAUCUCGUUGAAAGCACCCCUUCGCUGUCGGUCAACAUCUCUUUGCACAGCAUGCGUCGUGGUGGGUGUUUCUACCGUGUGUUUGAGUCCCCGGAACGGAAGUUUAACUUCCGCGAAUUGAUGGCCUGGUGUCGUUGGGAUGACACCAAAACGUGCUGCGAAUAUUUGGUGACGAAAAGUCUCAGUGAAGCCAUCGAACCCCGACAUCUACUGCAGACGCGCCACCGAGGGCCGCACGGUGUCAACGUGGAACCAACCAACGUGGCGGAAAUUGUAGACCAAAUUGCUCAAUAUGUAUUGACUCAUCUGCAGGGCGAUCGGACGAGCAGAGUCCUCAGCUCGUCGCCAGCCACUCCCAGUGAGCUGUCCGCGAUUGUCAACAAACAGCCUCCAUUGGCUCAGCGCUCGAUGCAGGACUUUGUUGUGCCAAAGAUAAUUCCAACUGCUCGGUCGGCGCAAGAUGCGUGGGAGCAGUGGUUCUCCGUCGAUCACAAAAAUGGCCGCCCCUGUGCCCUCAAAGACUACACGAAAUUAAUGAUCAAGUCGGACCGCAAAAAGUAUUCCGAACGGCAAAUGAUCGCGACAGCAUUCAACAAGUAUCAGUCGUAUUCACACUUCGAACAAGCGUACACGGGAUACACGAACACAUACUCCAAUCUGCUUCAUGAAGUUCGCAAGCGUAAACGAGAAAACACACUAUAA